UUUUGUGGUACAAUUUCAAUUUUAAAAAAUUAUUUUAAUAUUUUGUUUAUAUAUUAUUAAGAUUAGAUUGCAUAUCAGUAUAAAGUAUUUGUGAAUUUCUGUACUACAGGAUCAAGUACCAAAACGGUUAAUUAACACAUCAUUAAGUAAGUUCCAGUAUUUAUACUUCUAGUGCAGGUGUUUGGGGUUUUAAUAAGGUAGCAGUAAAAUGGGGCGAAAAGUGACAAUUGCCUCUGCCACCCUCAACCAAUGGGCCCUGGAUUUUGAGGGUAACCUGGACAGAAUUUUGCAAUCAAUUUUGGAAGCAAAGGAGAUGGGUGCUGCAUUUAGAACUGGACCAGAAUUGGAGAUAUGUGGAUAUAAUUGCGAGGAUCAUUUUUUCGAAAGUGAUACCUAUCUUCACUCGUGGGAAGUACUUGGAGAACUCUUAACUGCUCCAUUAUGUAAAGACAUUCUUAUUGAUGUUGGAAUGCCUAUCAUGCAUAAAAAUGUUGCUUAUAAUUGCAGGUUAAUCUUCCUUAAUAAAAAAAUUUUACUUAUACGUCCAAAAAAAACCUUGGCAGGAGGAGGUAACUACAGAGAAGGUAGAUGGUUUGCACCAUGGAAAAAAGAUAAAACAACAGAAGAUUUCUAUUUACCCAGAAUGAUUUCAAAGAUUACGGGACAAAAAGUUGUACCUAUCGGUGAUGCAGUUAUAUCUACUUUGGAUACUUGCAUAGGAUUUGAAAUUUGUGAAGAACUUUGGUCCCCAGAUAGUGCCCAUAUACCCUUGGCAUUAGAUGGAGUCGAAAUUAUUUGUAAUGGCUCAGGAAGCCACACAGCUUUAAGAAAGAAUUAUGUUUUAGCAGACUUAGUAAAAACUGCCACCAUGAAAUGUGGAGGAUGUUACGUAUUUAGUAAUUUGAGAGGCUGUGAUGGUGGAAGAGUAUAUUUUGAAGGUACUUCUUCAAUUACUUUAAAUGGAGAUAUAUUGUCAAGAACCAGACAGUUUUCAUUGGAUGAAGUUGAAGUUAUUACAGCUACAAUAGACCUGGAAGAUAUCAGAUGCUACAGAAACAGUAUUAGAUCCUACGCAUAUCAAGCCUCAGGUAGUUCAAGUUAUCCGAGGAUAUCAAUUGACUUCUCAUUAUCUCCGGAAAAUGAUUUUACACUACCCACUGCACAACCAAUUGACUUGAUUUCUCUUAGUCCUGAAGAAGAAAUCGCGUUGGGUCCAGCUUGUUGGCUUUGGGAUUAUCUAAGACGAUCAGGCCAAGGUGGUUUUUUUCUUCCAUUAAGUGGAGGUAUAGAUUCGUCAAGUACUGCCGUGAUUGUAUAUUCCAUGUGUAGACUAAUUUUGGAGAAUAUACAAAAGAGCCGAGAUCCAAAAGUAUUGGCUGAUAUUAGAAGAAUAACAGCUGAUGCCGAAUAUAAUCCAAAAUCUCCUCAAGAACUAUGCAAUCGAAUCCUAGUGACCUGCUAUAUGGGAACCGAAAACUCUUCUAAAGAAACCAAAAGUAGGGCAAGUGGUUUAGCUGCUGCCAUAGGAAGUUACCAUCUUAAUAUAGUCAUCGACAAAGCCGUAAGCGCUUGUCUAGAAAUAUUCAGUACUAUUACGGGGUUGUUUCCUAAAUUUGCUUCAAAUGGUGGCUGUGAUAGACAGAAUAUGGCUUUGCAGAAUAUCCAGGCACGAUUGCGUAUGGUAUUAAGUUAUCUAUUUGCUCAAUUGGUAUUAUGGGCCAGAGGAAGACCCGGAGGUCUAUUAGUUCUUGGUUCUGCUAACGUAGAUGAAGCCCUAAGAGGUUAUAUGACAAAAUAUGAUUGUUCCAGUGCCGACAUAAAUCCUAUUGGAGGAAUUUCUAAAACUGAUCUUCGAAAGUUCAUCUCUUACGCCAAAGAUAAUUUUAAUAUUCCAGUUUUGGGAGAAAUUUAUAGCGCUCCUCCUACUGCAGAAUUGGAGCCAUUGGUACAAGGUAAAAUCGCACAAACCGACGAGCAAGAUAUGGGCAUGACCUACGACGAACUAAGCCAGUUCGGUAGAUUGAGAAAAAUUAGUAAUUGUGGGCCGUAUUCGAUGUAUUGUAAGCUAGUUCAAACUUGGACGAACAGUUGUUCACCGAAGCAAGUGGCUGAUAAAGUAAAGCAUUUUUUUAGAUGUUAUGCCAUUAACAGACAUAAAAUGACCGUUUUGACACCAUCAUACCAUGCGGAAUCAUACAGCCCUGAUGAUAACAGAUUUGACUUAAGACCUUUCUUAAUUAGAGCCAAUUGGUCUUGGCAAUUCAGGGCUAUUGAUAAACAGUUAGAAUAUUUGAAUAGCGUCAAGAGAAGCUCUUCAGGCAGCAAUAACUUAUCAAAGAAACCUAGUAAAUCAAGAACUGGAGUAACGAAAAUAUCAAGGUCAAUUCCAAUUGCUGGCAAAAAAUCAAUAAGAAAGCAGCAUUAUUACUUCUUCUUUCGGCAACUUCUAAGAAACUGUAAAUAAAAAUAUAACAUUUAGCUUCAAUAUAUACGAAAAUCUAAAUGAAAUACGUACUAAAAUAAUGGCUGUAAGUAAAAUAACGUAACCCAAAUGCGUGCUGUAUGUAGUCACUUGUAUUGUACAAAAAUGUAAUUUAAGUCUUGUUAUCUAAAAUUAGCUUAUAGUAACCUUAUAUCAGUGAGUAUGUAUUUUACACCUGCUAUUUCACAUCCUUAUUAAUAUCGUUGUUAAUUAUGUUAAUAAUAUUUUAUAGAUAUGUGCUAUUAUACUGUUUUGUGAAAAUACGUCCAAUUAAUUGAAAUAAAAAUAUUUGCAAUUGUA